GUCAAAUUUCCCGCCAAAUCAAACUUUUUUAAGUUUAUAAAACCUAUCCUAGAAUUCGGCCCCAUACAACUUCCUCAAGAUGCCAGGAGUGACAAGGCCACGUAGAUUAUCCAGAGACGCUGCUAGCAAAAGCAACAUAGCUGAUACAAUGGAGUCAAUAAUCCAGCAACAGGCAGAGGGAGAGAUGGACUCAGAGAUGGAACACAUCAUGGAGCCAACCAGUGAACUUGGAGUGCCAGAACAAGAGGACAGUGACUUUGAAGAGCCAAAGGCUGCAGGUGCAAAGAGAAAGAGACAGAAGAAAGAUGAAACAAUGGUAAAGAAGGCUCGUAAGGUGCCAGAGGCUGGUGGAGGCAGAGGGAGGAAGAAGAAACAGAUAGACCCCAAUGCUGAAGAUCAGGAUGGCAGUCUGUUUGAGGUUGUCAAGUCUGGCAAGACUGCUCUACAGGCUGUGGUAGAUGACUGGAUAGAGGGCUAUAAAUCAGAUAGGGACACAGCUCUGCUUGAGUUGAUCCAGUUCUUCAUCCAGUGUUCAGGUUGCAAGGGCAGAAUCACACCACACAUGUACGCUAAUAUGGAGCACGCUGAGAUCAUCAGGAAAAUGACAGAAGAGUUUGAUGAGGACAGUGGAGACUACCCUCUCAUCAUGACUGGGGCACCUUGGAAGAAGUUCAAGACAAGUUUCUGUGAGUUUGUCCAAGUAUUGGUGCGCCAGUGUCAGUACAGCAUCAUAUACGACCAGUACAUGAUGGACAAUGUCAUAUCCCUCCUCACAGGUCUCACUGACUCUCAGGUCCGUGCCUUCAGACAUACCAGUACAUUGGCAGCCAUGAAGUUGAUGACAGCUCUGGUAGAUGUUGCUCUGAAUCUGAGCAUAAACCUUGACAACACACAGCGACAGUAUGAAGCUGAGAGGCAGAAGAACCAAAGCAAGAGGGCCAGUGAGAGAUUGGAAAUGCUCAUGGCAAAAAGACAAGAGUUAGAGGAAAACCAAGAGGAGAUCCGCAACAUGCUGACAUACAUCUUCAAGGGAGUAUUUGUCCACAGGUACAGGGACACCCAGGCAGAGAUCAGGAACAUCUGCAUGUCAGAAAUAGGUGUAUGGAUGAAGAGAUAUCCAAACAUGUUCCUAGAUGAUAGUUAUCUAAAGUAUGUGGGCUGGACCAUGUAUGAUAGGACUGGAGAUGUACGCAGUGGUUGUUUGAAGUGUUUGAUGCCCCUGUAUGAGGCGGAGGAAUUGGCUCCUAAACUGGAACUCUUUACAAACAGAUUCAAGGCACGUCUUGUAGAGAUGACACUUGACAAAGAAUAUGAUGUUGCUGUUGCUGCCGUCAAGCUCUCAACUGCCAUCUUGAAGUAUAAUGAACAGGUCCUCACAGACAAAGAUUGUGAGAAUGUAUAUGAGUUAGUCUACUCAUCACAUCGACAGGUUGCCCAGUCUGCAGGUGAGUUCCUGAAUGUGAAACUAUUCCAGAAAGAUGAAGAAUCCAUGAAGAAUGUGAAGACAAAGAAAGGCAAGAAGAGGAGUGUCAACACUCCAUUGGUGAGAGAUCUUGUACAGUUCUUCAUAGAGAGUGAGCUUCAUGAACAUGGUGCUUACCUGGUUGACUCAAUGUUUGAGGUGAAUGAUAUGAUGAGAGACUGGGAGUGCAUGACUGACUUACUCAUAGAGGAACCUGGUAGAGGAGAAGAGGUGAUGGAUGACAGACAGGAGUCUAGUCUUAUAGAGCUAAUGGUAUGUGCUGUCAAACAAGCUGCCACUGGCGAGAGCCCUGUAGGCAGGGGACCAAAUAAAAAGUUGUCAUCAAGGGAGAAUCGCCAAGUGAUGGAAGACAAAACCAAACUAACAGAGCACUUUAUUGUGACACUUCCACAACUCUUAGCUAAGUACAGUGCAGAUCCUGAGAAAGUAGCUAACCUGUUGACGAUUCCUCAGCACUUUGAUCUUGAGAUCUACACAACCAGUAGACAGGAGAAACACCUUGACACUCUACUAAGGCAGAUACAAGACAUUAUAGAGAAACACACAGAUACUGAGGUACUUGAGGUGUGUUCCAAAUGCCUUGAGGCGUUUUGUCAGGAAGAGUAUGCGAUUUCUGGCAAGUGUCAGAUCACACGCAGCACAUUGAUUGAUGCACAGGUUGAGAAGUUCAGAGAAGCUUUCCAAGAUUUCUUUGCUGAGGGGGAAGAGCCUGAUGAGGAUGAGGCGUAUGCUCUCCAUGCAGCACUGAAGCGUGUCUAUGCAAUGUGGGGCUGCCAUGACUUGACCAAUUGGAAGCUAUGGGACUCUCUUUUCCAUAUUGUACGUAUGGGCAAUGAGCACCCUGAAUUGCCAGCUGAGUUGAUGGUGAAAGCUUUGGCAUGUUGUUCCCUGGCAGUUGUAUGGAGUCUGCAACAGCUCAAUGAGAAUGAACCCAGCAAGGAGGCAAUGUUAGGGGUGAAGGAACACUUGAAGGAGAUGAUGAAUGCAUGUAUGGAGGCUCUCUUCCACACCCAGGAUAGAGUCAAUGAGGAGGCAUUCAUCACCAUCUGUGAUUUGCUGAUUGUGUUCAGUAAGCACAUGGGGAACCCACUGUUUGCUCCACUCAUCUUUGAACCAGACAAGCACAUGCAGGCUAAACUAUCUGGCUUUGUCAAUGAGAAGGUCUUUAUAGAUGAUGAUGAUGACGAGACUGAUGAGAACAUUAAGAUUGAAGAGCUCCAUAAACGUCGUAACUUCCUUGCCUCAUUCUGCAAAUUGGUCAUCUACAACGUGAUCAGCAUCAAGGCUGCCACAGACAUGUUCAAACAAUACAUGAAGUACUACAAUGAUUAUGGUGACAUCAUCAAGGCAACAUUAAGCAAAUCCAGAGAAAUCAACAAAGUGGCUACAGCUAAAACUAUGGCCAAGGGUCUCACAAAUGCAUUCAGUGAAGUGAAACUAGAACAGAACAAUGUGGAUAGAUCUUCAGAGGGCUUUAUACAGAUCAAAGAGUUGGCCAGAAGGUUUGCAUUGUCAUUUGGAUUAGACCAGAUUAAGAACAGAGAAGCCGUGGCUGCAAUGCACAAGGAGGGUAUCCUGUUUGCUUUGAACCCUAUGGAGAAUCCUGAUGACCCUAACGGAGCUCCACCUAAUGUUGCAUUCCUAGAGAUCCUCACAGAGUUCUGUAGCAGACUCAUGAAACAGGACAAGAAGACAGUUGUGACAUACCUUGACAAGCAUCUCUCACAUGGUAUCCCAGCAUCUAGGUCAGAUGACUGGCUGCCACUGCUCACAUACAGGAACAGCCUGGUACAGGGAGAGGAAGAGGAGACAGUCAUACCUCCAGGACCUGGCGCCCUCUAUAAGAACAAAGUGGGCAGACCUAAGGGUGGAAGGCACAAGAAGAGAGGAGCAGCUGUACCAGAGGCCAGUGGAUUCCAGACACCUGCAGGUCGAAUGGGAGGCCCCCAGACCUCAACAGCCAUUAAGAGGCCUAGGCAUGAUGAGGAGUCCGUAGGAUCAGAUAAUCUAUCAGAACAAGGCUCAGAAAGAGACUUCCAAGACUCGACUAUGAAUAUAUCUCAUAUAUCGCAAGCCUCUUGGUUGGCCCAGAAACAACAGGAAUCUCUCAGACAACAACAACAACAACAGAGCUAUGGAAGAGUCACACGUGGCAGACCCCCUGCUCCACCAGGCCAGAUGUCUAUGAUGUCACCUGGCAGUAAUGUUAGUAUAGGAUCAUUUGAGAGUCCACAGUCUAUACCCCCACAGAGACCCCGCUUUGAUGAACCAUCGUCACACAUUGUCUCAUCGGAGGUAGAUAUGCAACACUUUUGAGAGAAAAUAAAAGAGGACUAUAAAAGAAAAAAUA